AUGGGUUCGUGGGGUCUUCCGAAACGGACGCUAUCAUCUCAGUUGCGAGUUAUCGUCACCGGCGGCCAUGCUACCGGCAGCAAACUGCACCAAACCCAUGAGAUUCGUGCAGUUGAAAAAGAGGCCAAAGCAAGGAGGACAGCUAGGGUGAUGAGCGAUGCUCCUUGCCCUGAAGACAAACAACUGAUUGGUGCUGUGGAGAUGCUGGGCACCGGAAUCAAUCUCACCCGAGCGAAAGAUAUGAUUAUGGUAGACCCCUGCUUCAUACCGGCAUACGAAAACCAGGCAAAGAAGUGCAUCAAUCGGUGGGGCCAAAAGACACCCAUGACGUUUACCGGCUAG